UGGCACGCUCAGCCCUCACCCGGCCCCCUACACUGCACACAUCCCACAUAUUCCACGCAUUGCUCUACCGUGUACGACCUAUUACAAGACAUACAGCUAGCGCGCCAACUUCAGCUCAGCUCAGCUCGUUACGACACCCAGUCACCACGUACCCCAUGGUGGUGCCUUCCACGACGCCGGUGGUGCGCCAGCAAACGACGCCGCCGCAGUCAUCCCACGCCGGCGGCAUACCGACGGUGGACCUAUCGGCGCACGGCGGCCGCGGCGCUCUGUCGCGGCAGGUGGUGCGCGCGUGCGCGGAGCACGGCUUCUUCCGGGCCGUGAACCACGGCGUGCCGCCGGGCCCCGCCGCGCGGCUGGACGCCGCCGCCAGGACGUUCUUCGCGCUGGCGCCGCGCGACAAGCAGCGCGCCGGCCCGCCUAGCCCGCUCGGCUACGGCUGCCGUAGCAUCGGCUUCAACGGCGACGCCGGGGAGCUCGAGUACCUGCUGCUCCACGCCAACAACCCGGCCGCCGUCGCGCACAGGGCCAGGGCCAUCGACGCGGAGGAGCCCUCGCGAUUCAGUAAUGUGGUGAACGAGUACGUGGGAGCAAUGAGGCAGCUUGCAUGUGAGAUCCUGGACCUGUUAGGAGAGGGGCUAGGGCUCGAGGACCCCAGGUCCUUCAGCAAGCUCAUCACCGACACAGACAGCGACUCACUCCUGAGGAUCAACCACUACCCUACAGCAUGCAACGCUCACAACCUUGACCAUGACAGCCAGUGCAAGAUGAAGAGCAGCGUCAGAACCAAGACUACUAGCAAUGGCGUGAAGCCGUCGGCAGGUGGACGGGUCGGAUUCGGGGAGCAUUCAGACCCGCAGAUUCUUAGCUUGCUUCGAGCAAAUGACGUCGACGGCCUUCAGGUGCUUCUGAACGCCGACGGCAAGGAGGUGUGGGUUCAGGUGCCGGCCGAUCAGUCAGCGUUCUUUGUCAAUGUUGGUGACCUCCUCCAGGCUUUAACAAAUGGGAAGCUGGUAAGUGUCCGGCACAGGGUAAUUGCAAGCUCCAGCAGGGCAAGGCUGUCGACAAUCUACUUCGCAGCGCCGCCACUGCAUGCGCGAAUUUUGGCCCUCGCAGAGACGAUCACAGCCAACGCACCCAGCCAGUACCGGCCCUUCACCUGGGCCGAGUACAAGAAGACAAUGUACUCGCUCCGCCUGAGCCACAGCCGCCUCAACCUCUUCCACAUCGACCAUGAUGGCCACAGCAAUGUCGGUGAAGGAGAAGAAUAGGAAACACUUGCUGAACUGCAGGCAGAGUGCACAGUGGGGACUAGGUGGGUAGACUUGUCCCCAGAAUUUUGGCUCUCUUGCUUCCACAGCUAGAUAUCUAGGAGUAUUAUGGUGGUGUAGGGUUCUGAAUCUGCCAAUGCGGGUAUUUAGCAUCGUACAUAAGUUCUUGACUCCUUGUUGUAUGGUACUUCUGUACUAUGCUGUACUAUUGCCUGUUAUAGCAGGCAAUUUUGGUAUAUAAAUCAAAGGUCUAGCCCAACUUUAUUAAAUUAAAAAGCUUAA